GGGGCCCCGGGGGCCGGGGGCGCGGCGGGGGCCGCCGAGCCGCGCGUGCGCGAGGUGUGGCCGCGGGGCCUGAUCACCUACGUGACGGUGACGGAGCCGUCGGCCGUGCUGGUGGUGCGCGGCGUGCGCGACAGGCUGGUGAUCACCUACCCCCACGAGCACCACGCCCUCAAGUCCAGCCGCUUCUACCUGCUGCUGCUGGGCGUGGGCGACCCCGGCGCGCCCGGCGCCAACGGCUCGGCCGACUCGCAGGGCCUGCUCUUCUUCCGGCAGGACCAGGCCCACAUCGACCUGUUCGUCUUCUUCUCCGUGUUCUUCUCCUGCUUCUUCCUCUUCCUCUCCCUCUGUGUGCUCCUCUGGAAGGCCAAGCAGGCCCUGGACCAGCGGCAGGAGCAGCGGCGGCACCUGCAGGAGAUGACCAAGAUGGCCAGCCGCCCCUUUGCCAAGGUCACGGUCUGCUUCCCCCCGGACCCGGGCCCCGCGCCUGCCUGGAAGCCCGCGGGGCUCCCGCCGCCCGCCUUCCGCCGCUCCGAGCCCUUCCUCACGCCGCUGCUGCUGACGGGCGCCGGGGGGCCCUGGGGGCCCCUGGGCGGCGGCUGCUGCCCGCCCGCGCUCCCGGCCCCCGCCGGCCUGCGCGCCGGGCCCAUCACCCUGGAGCCCACGGAGGACGGCAUGGCGGGCGUGGCCACGCUGCUGCUGCAGCUGCCCGGCGGCCCCCACGCGCCCAACGGGGCCUGCCUCGGCUCGGCGCUCGUCACGCUGCGCCACAGGCUGCACGAGUACUGCGGGGGCGGCGGCGGCGCCGGGGGCGGCGGGCACGGGGGCGGCGGCGGCCGGAAGGGACUGCUGAGCCAGGACAACCUCACCAGCAUGUCCCUUUGACCCGUCAGCCCCGGACAGCCCUCGGCGCUGGCUCCCUCGCCCCAGGCCCCCCUCUGUUCUGCACUUGGCAACUAUUUAUUGAGCGGCCGCUCAGCACAGCACAGUGGCGGGCACAGCGAAGCAGGUGUGAGAGGAGCCCCCUCCCGGGUGGGGCCUGGGCUCUCGUGGGAGGGGCUGAACACACAGACACAGGCUCAGAGAAGUGGCUCAAGGUCUUAGAGUGUGGCACUGAGGGCUUAUGGGAAGGGUCGAAACUCGCCGAGGAGGGACGGACGGAGGGAAGGUCUUCGGGAAGUUAAUUCAGAGUUGAGGAAAAGGCUGACAGCCCCGAGGCUGGAGCCGCCUGUUCUGUCAGAGGAGCUGGGAACCUGGCCCCCGCAGCCCAGCCAGUGUGAGUGGGCCGGGGCAGACGGGACCUUGCGGUUCAGGCGCAGCAGUGGGAAGCUGUUGGCCAGCUCUGUGGGGGCAGUGAGGACCGUGUUGAAGGCUCCGCCGGCUGCGGAGGACACGGAGGCCGCAGGAGGGUGGUGCAGGCCGAGGGACAGGACGUGGCGCGGAUGUUAGGGAAAGGAGGACAGGCAGAGUGGCCUCUCUGUCCUAAGAUGGGCAGACUGGGCAUUGUGGGAAAAUAGGCUCAGCGUGGGCGUGAGUCGGGGUCCCUGCAGCAGGCCCUCUGAGGGUAGUGCGUUGUGCUGGCGAAGGACCCCAGAGUAGGAGCGUUCCUGGCUGCUGUCUGCCCUGGGCUGCAGGGGCUGAGUUCAUUGGAAACUCAGGCUGGUUGCCGGGAGCCUCAGGAGAUGCCUGGAGGUUCACCCCGCCCUGGCAGGUGGCGGUCCCUGGAGGGGCCAGCGUUUGGUUCUCUUUCUUGAGUCUUUGGGCCUCUCUCCAGAGACCACCCCAACCUGGCUCAACUCUUGGACUCAGGAGCUCUUCUGCUUAGGACCCCUUCCCUGAAUCCUAGGCAGCGCCCUGAGCGUGGGGCUCUUGCUUUCCCAAGACUCCAGCUUCCAGCUGCUGCUUUGGUCCUGGGGUGGGGGUUGGACCGGCCUCUUUCCAAUGGUGGGGUUACCCCAGUCUGAGAGGUCCCCACUACUAUGUGCAUGCCAGAGAGCAGGGUUCACAGCUCAACAGGAGGGCAACUGAAGCAACAAACAAAUAAAGUGUCAGAAAGACUCCA